UGUGCUGGAGGUGUGGGCUAAAACCCUGCCGAUAGUAACAGUGGAAAGACCAUUUUUGGGGAAAAGGAAGGGAACGAUGGCCCAGGAACUCGAAUUAUGGGACUGCACAUGGAAACCAAGACGAACCGGAAGGGGAGUAGAGAUGUCAAUACCGCCAAGCAAUGAAUGGAAAGGGACCACAUGUGAUUGGCGGGGGUAUGAGAUUGUGUCGGAGCUAUCGUACCUUUGGAUAGAGCGUAUCUGGAAUCCGUUGAGGGAAGAGGAAGGAUGGGAAGAGAUUGCGGAAGGAAGGGUAGAAUCAGUUGGGACGAUCGUUCUCUCGGAACAGGGUUGGCACCUGUUCUGCACGACGCUCGCGGCAGGACAAAACCCGAUGUGGCUUUUAGGGGACGCUGAGGCAAAGGCUCGCCAGGCGGGGGAAAGUUUUGCUAACAAAGGAUGGGAUACAGUCAGCAGUAGAGUCGUGAUGGGAGGAUGGAAAGAAUUCAAACCGUCCAGCGCCCGAAUCAAAACCUGGGUACCCGAGUUCGUGGCAGACUGGUUUGGGGGUUUUGAUCCUGUAACAGAGGUAGUCGACACGAUGGAGCGAAUACACGUGAAUUGCACAUGGCUGGCAGGGGAAUUCUAUAGGACAUCCUUGAAAUACGGGCCCUUCCACGGCGAUAGAGCCCGGGAGCUCCUUAUCAUUCUGGAUAUCGAAAGGAAUGACCGGCAGGAGGUGGCCCCGGAAACUAGGGAGGCCAUAAUCCGCCGUGAGGUAGCAGCAACACCUUGCUAUGUGGAUGAUGUGUUCAAACUGUUCGAAUGUUCAGCGUGGAUCGCGAGCCGGGAGAUCAAAGGCGAGUGCGCGAUGGCACGAAGAAGGACGUUCCUUGAGGAGCGCCCCUUGGGCAUUGAACCGCCUAGGGAAGUACAGGGUGGGAUAGAGGUUAGCUUGCCGGCAACAGGCGAGGGAUGGGACCAGGUGGCGGAUUGGGUCGGGAUCGAGCUUGCGGAAAAUAUGGUUUAUUUGGUGACGAAAGUUGAGUGGCGUGCGGCUGAGAAUGGGGAAUGGAACCUGGACCCACGGGGGCACGUGCGCGCAGAGGGGCGGUUGUAUGUGUCAGAGAACGGAUGGAGGGAGUUCGAAGUUCGGUUGGCAUCAGGAGAAGACCCGUUGAGCAUGUUUGAAGGGGCAUGGCAGUUAGUAUGGCAAGCGGGAUUUGAGUUCGCAGAUCCGGGGGUUGACGAUGUAACAGCGGACCUUAGGGUAGCCAUGGUCGGGAGUUUUGAAUUGCCUAGUGAAAAUGUACGAAUGAGGCAGCCGCCCUUCUUGCUGGAAAAACUGGGCGGUUUGGAACUUGUUAGACAAGCAGUAGCCGACCUUGCAAGCCUGACAUACGAAGAGGCGAUGGUACAUCGAGAAUACUACCGGGCCUUCUUAGAAAUGGGGCCGUUUAGCGGGGAGCAGAAGUACGAGGUGUUGCACAUCCUGUGUGCUGUGUUUAGUACUAGGCCGAGGGUUCCGGUCAUGGGAAGUGAGGUCCUGUGGGGUGUCGUCCGACGGGAAAUAAACCGAGGGAUGGCGUACGUAGAUGAUCUGUACCAAUUGGAUCGAGAGUCAGCCAAACUAGAAGGAACCCGAGAAGACAGGAAUGAUGCCUCAAUUGGAGAAAACUCAGGGAAAGCUGGGGGUAGCAAAAGGGGACCUCAGGAAAACAGGGAAGGGGGAAACGAUAUGAGAACAAGCCCUCGGAACCCAGCAGGAGCCACCCCUAAAAAGACAAAAGUCUCGGAUGCCAGCCGUAAAUUGGCAGAGAUAGAAAAGCAGACUGCAGAAUUUAAGGCAACGCUUAUCGAGCAGAUGAUGGCCGAGGAGGAGGAGGACCCCCAAGGCGCAGGGUCAUGUGAGGGACGCAGGAUCGGUCACGACGAGGCCAGGUAUGAGGAGAAGGAUAAUAGCCACAAAGGAACGCCUAGCAAGAAGGGGAAGGACAAGAACGACCCCCCGGCGGAGGGGACGGAAAACGCUACGACCCCGCCUGCCAUCGACAGCGGCACUAACCGACUGCCCGCCACGCCAAAAGUAACAGGGGCGUGCGAUGGACUCUGGAGCCUUAGGAAAAGGGUGCUAGGAUGGUUUGACCCAGAAGGAACGCUUAAAACCAGGGAGAAGCAGAGGGAAAGCAAGGAAGGGGAAGGGACCAGUGCAACUGGGGAAGCAGGUAGCUCCGAAGGUGGUCUCAAGAGGAUAGUCACCACCCUCACCCGGGCACUAAACAAGAACCAGGGAUACCUCGCAAAUGCAAAAAAGAAACUCACGUUCGAUGGGGCCAACAUUACGGAGUUUCUAAUAGAGUAUGAGAACCUAGCAGCCUUACUGAAAUGGACGGAAGAGGAAAAGAUGGAGCACCUAGGGCAGCACGUGUCGCUAAGCUUGGGAAGGGACAUUACGGCCAUCGUCGCCUCCAGUGGAUCCUGGAAAGAAACCAGGAACGAGAUGAUGAGGAAAUACCUGAAGGCAGAGAAAAUGGCAACAGAGGCCGAAUUAGCCGCAGUCCAGAGGAAAAACUAUGCGACUUACAACGAUUUCCUAAGGGCAUUCACGUUAGUGGCUCUGCGAAUUCCCGGGGUAACGAACCGUAUAAUGAGUAAAUACUUCCUCAUGCAGUUUUCCGAAUUCGAUAAAGAUAAGAUUUUGUCAGCAUACCAGCAGACCAGUAAGUUCGAAUACACGAGAGACGUGGACUUCAGCACCGUAACAAACCUUGCGGAAAAGACAGUGGUCACCGAGACGCUAGCCCUGCUUAAGGAAGGGGAGGUCAUAGAUCUGACCGGGAAGACGGGGGAUAAGGUCAAGAAGGGGAUAGAGAGUUUGCACGAACGAGUGCACGGGGUUGACAGCAAGAUGGACAGAAUGGAAAAUGCGCUGUUAGUAAUGCAGGCGCAAGUGUCCAGACCCGCCCUCCCGCCCCAAGAGGCCGUGGUUCCGGCAGCCGUAGCAAACCGGGGGUUUGGCAGAAGGGACCCGGCCAACGAACAAUGCAAGUAUUGCACUAUGAUCGGGCAUUUCGUACGGGCCUGUCCGAGACUCAAUCACGAUAUUGAGCGGCAGAGGUGUAGUAGGUCCCUCAAAGGCGAGAUCCUCGGACCCAAGGGAGAGCGCGUCAAUUGGAACUCGCCAGGAGGGAUGCGGCGAGCCGUCAUCCUCCUGAAUAACUUAGAGAUAGGUGUCGUGGAAGCAGAGCCGAUAGCCGAGAUUGUUUGGGACCAGCCAAGGGGACGGGGACCACAGGCCAAUUUUAUCCUGGAAGGCAAUGGCCAGGAUAGGGUAAAUAUCACCACUUGCCGGGCCGGCGCAGAAAAGAAGCUUAUUCAAGAUACAGUAAUGGAAGAACUCGCAGGGACUAGCACGGGCCAGCUAGAGACCGAUGGGAAGCCAAGGGAGGACGAACCAGUAGACAAAGUUACGGCGACAAAGAAGAAGUCCAGGUAUCAGAUUUCGAUCCUGACUUCGCCAGAAAUCGAUGGCACCCUGAGUAAGCUACUGGGUACCAUGGUGUCGGUGUCUUUUCAGACCAUGCUGCAAGCCAGCCCGAGGCUGCUUAAAGGACUCGGGCAGUUGCUAACGCGUCAGCGCGUAGAGGUUGAGGAGGCCCCCGAACUGCAAGAGCAGGACACGGAAGAGGCCGAGGCGCCGCAAGGAGUCUCCAACCUACAAAGCAUUCCAGGGGGCCUGGAAGAUUUGGAGAAAGCCUUUGCGGACAUCCGCCUAAGCCUACCGGAUCGUGAAGGUGGCGAAGUCAUGAGGGCGCCACCUGGGACAAAGCUUAGCUUUCAUGCAUUACCAGUCGGGAAACUUAAAGUUCAAAUCGGAACCCACCACACUGACGCGUUAGUGGACGGCGGAGCAGAAAUCACCCUCAUACGACGAGAUUUCGCAACGGUCACGGGGUGCACGGUAAACAAGGAAGUAGCAGGGAGUAUCUGGGGAGCCAGUGGCGAAAUUCCUUUCACAGGGUAUGUCACCAAAUGUGCAGUCAGGGCGGGAAUCCGGGAAUCCAUCUGGUCCUUUCAGCGGAUGAUCCUGAUGGAAGAAAUGGAUCAUGACGUAAUCCUCGGGAGACCGUGGUGCGCCAAUGUGGAAAUGAUAGGAAUGCACCUGCACGACGACACAUACAUGGUAGACAUAGAGGACCCAGUGACCGGUCGCGGGGAACUCCUCCGACUUCUUGGGACCGAAGGGGAUCCUCCGAAGGGCAAAUUGGCAACCUGGUCUCCAACAUUCGAAGAAAGUGAGCGGAAAGGGGCAUUCGCACGAAUGGAAGGCAUGAGGGAAAGGGUAGAAAUUGUGAUCGAGGAGGCUUUUAAUGACGUAGCAGAUACCAUGAAAAUAGGGGUGGAAGGGUUCCUAACGGCGGAAGAGACUCAACUGAUAAGAAAGGUGUGUCAGGAAUGCCAUUUAGCUUUCGCUUUCAACGAUCAUCAGAAAGGGCGACUGGACGCAAAGCUAGUUCCCCUUGUCAGGAUCCACAUGGUGGAGCACGAGUGUUGGAACGAUAAAGGGCAUGCCUACGAGUUUGGAAUAGCGGCGGAGGUCACCGACCUGCUUAGAGCCAAGAUAGAUUCGUUCGUGGCUGAACCUACCGCAUCCCCCUACGAGAACAAAUGGUUCGUGUUCAGGAAGCCCAAUAAGACGCUCAGGUGGAUCCAGGACCUGCAGAAGCUCAACGCGGUAACAAUUAGGGACGCAGGUUCGCUUCCACAGACCGAUUUAUUGGCAGAAUCUCACGCGGGGCAGAGCAUUUACUCCCUGAUAGAUUUGUACUCAGGAUAUGACCAGCUGCCGCUCGAUGUCAGAGAUAGACAGUAUACCGCAACGCACACCCCCGUAGGGCAGUUGCAGAUGCAAGUGACCCCUAUGGGUUUCACAAAUGCGAUAGCAGAGGCGCAGAGGAGGAUGCUCGCCGUCGCAGGGGAUAUGUUUCCAAAAAAGUGUGAGCCAUAUAUAGAUGAUAAUCCCGUGAAAGACGCAAGGUACAAGGACGAGACAGAAGUCGAGCCCGGCGUACGAAAGUUUGUUUGGGACCACCUGCGGGAUAUUAAGGACCUACUCCAGCGGUUCCUAGUUUACAAUAUUACUGCAAGCGGACCCAAAAGCAUCCUGGCCGUCCUGGAAGUAACCAUACUGGGAUUUCGCUGUGGAGCUUAUAGGAGGAGACCCGAUCCAGCAAAGACUGAUAAGAUCUCCCAGUGGCCGACACCCCUGCGCACCACGACGGAAGUACGAGCCUUCCUAGGGGUGGUGGGGUUCUGGAGGAUCUUCAUCAAAAGGUUUGCAAAGAUGGCAGAGCCCAUCCGCGCAAUGAUUAGGGAAGGUGGCACUAUGGAUUGGACCGAGGAUAGGGAAGCGGCAACCCAAACCCUUAAAGACAUCCUGUCGUCCGACCAGGUCACUUUAGCAGCACCUUGUUUCAACGACGAGGCACAGAAGGAGUGGCAGUAUCUAGUCAACCAGACCCGGGAGGAGCAGGUUACGGAUCAGAAGGAACAAGAAUUCUUCCUCAUACAGAUGUAUGAGGGCGUCUUUAGAGAAAUCGGUCUGCUGCUUGUAGGGAACAAACAACCCAAGGAAGUCAGUCCCAAGGCAAGGGAGGAAGCCGAAAAGUAUGUCCUAAGAAAUGGCCACCUGUUCAAGAAAGAGGAAGGGAUGAUGCCUAGACGCGUCGUUUGUGGGAGGUCUAGACAGCUGGACGUAAUUCAGGCAAUGCAUGACGGGCUAGCUGGAGGUCACCGGUCGUCUAAGGGGACACUUGCAAAGAUUGUACCCCUGUACUUCUGGCCAGGAAUGGCAGGCAUGGUCGCAACGUAUUGUCAAACGUGUUUGAUAUGUCAAGAAAGGAGCUCCGUACGGGUCUACGAGCCCCUUAGACCCACUCGGGUACUGGGACCCGGGUACCUUGUUCACCUCGAUCUUGCGGUUAUGCCCGUAUCAACGGAUGGGCUUACAUAUAUCUUGGAUGCAAGGGAUAAUCUUAGUGGCUAUGUAGAGGCCGUAGCCCUCAAGAAGAAGACGGGGAAAGCAGUGGCCGACUGGGUGGAAGAUUUCUACCUAAGACACCCCUUCGUGCGCAGGUUUAUAGCUGAUAAUGGGACAGAAUUCGUUAACCAGGAGGUGCUGAACAGGCUUAAGACACUGCGCGUACCAAUCAAGAUCACCGAGCCCUACCAUCCCGAGGCGAAUGCACCAGUAGAAAGGGGGCACCGGACUUUGAAGAACACAAUCGCAAAAUUGGCGACGGAAAAUUUAGCAAGUUGGCCACGGUUUCUUAAGCAGGCAGUCUUCGCCGAGAACAUGACUCCAAAAAGAACAACGGGGUGUAUCCCAACAGAACUCUGGUAUGGAAGGGAGAUUAAUUUUCCGGUAGAAGCUUUGGUCCCUACCUGGAACAGGCUAGAUGACGGUCCACACUUGACCACGGAAGAGUUAGUCACCGCACACUGUCAGCAGGUCGCCAGGACUGAGGAGGCACUGGAAGAAGUGGUCAAUCGGGUGACGGAUAGCCGAAUGAGGGAUAAAGCAAGAUGGGACCAGGUCAAGAACGUUCGCAAGGAGCCACUCCAGGUGGGGGAAAAGGUGCUAGUUAGGAACUCGGCUCUUGAAAGUACAUGGUCCGGACAGCUGGGAAAAAGAUUCAAAGGACCUUACAGGAUCGCUAAGCAGGUGGGACUGAACACAUUCGAACUUGAGGAUCUUGACGGACUAGGCAAGGAGCAAACAGCGAAUGGCAAAAUGGAAUUCGGAAAUAAAAAUGACAGCAACGCUAUCAAUAGGCCUGCUGAGGGACAGUCAUCGAGGCAGGCUGGGGAAUCAAGCUCCAGGAAGAGGAAGUUAUAUGUGGGGUUUGACCACAACCUGGUGGUAAACAGAGGGGGCAAGAAACAAGGGACCAGAGGGUCGUCACCACUGAAGGAAGGGGAGCCAAUAGAGCUGCCUUCAGACAGUGAUCUUGGCAGCAACGAAGAGGGGAACCCAGAGGAGGGACAACGGUCGGGGGAGAAUGAGCCAGUUGAGUUCAUUGACCUCACCAACGAAGAGGAAGAAGAUGAGGUAACGACGCCCACUAGGGAAGAACGGGGAAGAGAGGAGGAACCGGGUGAGAAGAAGGAUAAAUGGAUAGAGGAAUUUGGGACUGAGUUCAGCGAUUGGUUUGAUCAAUGGGGCGAAGGCAAGGGAAAAGCUGGGCAGGGGACAAGAUAUAUCCCCAACAACAAUUUUCUCAGAAGAGACCCUCCUUCAGUUGCAGAGGAUAAAGAGGCAAAUGCAGCAGGAAGCGGAGGACCGUGCAAGGGAGGAGGCUCGACGCAGGCCACCUGAACAUUAAGGGAAUAGCAGAUGCAAUGGGGGUUAGCUAGAAAUGG